UAUUAAGCAGCGCCGCUCGGUUAUGCCUGAUUAUGUAGAGACGUUGUGUUUUUGUAGAUGCUGCGUUAUAAUGUCGAAGCAGAAAAGGAAGUUGAGUAGUUUCCCUGGGCUUCUGUGCAUGUCCUGAUAUUAAACAGGCGACUUGUAUCUGCAACAUUAUCAUCUGCCACCCUCGAAUCAGAUAGACGCAUUCUUUCUUUUUAGUCAGGUGUGGACAUCGCUGAAGAGAAAUGAGGUGUUAUUCACAUUGCACGUAAGAAAUAGACAUUUCACCCUGGUUCUACUGCAGGAGGAUAUGCUUCUUUCCUCAGCUGCCUAAACGAAUUGGGAUCUUGCAUCUGAAAGGAAAACUCGGGAAAAACAAAAAACGGGAGUGAUCCUUGUCCUUUCUACCGCUCAGCAUAAAAUAUAGGCCUAAUUUACAAUCACGAUAGAAAAUGAGGAAGUUUCGGAAAGUGCUGGACGGCUUAACUACCUCCUCCCCGGGAGCUACUCUCGGGUCCCCAUCGUGCGGCAGCGGGGCCGGGACUCCUACAGCGGCGCCAACUCCAAAGGAAAUCGAUGUCCAAGAGACCCUGCUGUCGGAAAACUUUCAGCUGUGUAAGACUGUGCGUCAUGGUUUCCCCUACCAGCCCACAGCUUUGGCCUUUGACCCGGUGCAGAAGAUCCUCGCAGUUGGCUCCAGAUCAGGAGGUGUUAGGAUAUUGGGACGUCCUGGAGUGGAUUGUUACUGUCAGCAUGAAAGUGGAGCAGCUGUUCUUCAGCUGCAGUUUCUUAUCAAUGAGGGGGCACUGGUCACAGCCUGCGCAGAUGACACACUUCACUUGUGGAAUCUUCGUCAGAGGCGGCCAGCUGUUCUUCAUUCACUCAAAUUCAACAGAGAGAGGACUCAGAGAUACCAGACCUUCAGACACCCCACCAACCUCCUUCAGACCACCACCGCCCUACGAGUCUGCGGCGACAUCUUCAGUGGCGCCCACAGAACCAGAGGCGACUGGUCCCCCGCAGAGACCUUCAUGUACACAGGAGACCCUGCCACUCUGGAGGGGGGGCGCUGCUCACGCCCAUACAGUACCCCACCACAGACGGGGUCCCUGCCUGGCAGCUUCAGCGCCCCCCUGAGGCCAGCUCUGAACGCGCUGGCCAACACCGCCAACUUCCUGAACAUGAUUUUCCAGGCAAGCGACCUGCGGGAGAGCACGGUGCAGGAGGACAUGGAGUGGUACCACGCUCUGGUCCGGGCCCUCCUGGAGGCUGACCUGCUCAUCCAGCGGGCCCUGCUCACCUUUGACGCUGACCCACUGGCGGCCGUGCCACAACUGGUGCUCCGCGCCUCCAGAAACCCCACAGCAAAGAUCCAGACCAUCAUCCUGCAGGAUUUAUCCAAAGCCUGGGAGAGCCUGCACCCGCCCGCCCCUGCCCCCAGCGACAGCUGGUUCAGGAGCUUUAAAUUCCCAGAGUCCAAACAGCCAACAGCAGCGCUGUCGAAGCGCCUGCUCCUAAACGACCUCAGCACACUCGACACGCCCAAGUGGAGGCAGGGCGACAGCUACGUGACCAAUCGCAGUGGGGUUCGCUGGGCCAGCGCCCCCUUUCUGGACUGUAAAGAAGGACGCUUUGUGCCCAGGUGGCUGCUCACCCUGUCCGCACCGUUCUAUGGGCUCAAACCCGACCUCACCCCAGAGUUCAGAGGUGUGAUCCGUGUGGAUGUCGACAUUCAGGACAUUGACUUGGACCAGUGUACCACUGGAGACAGCUGGUUCGCAGACACUCACCAGUGCAACCGCACCACCAUGGAGUGUGUACCCGUUCCUGGUCGGGGUUUUCGUCUGGGCCAGUACUGCUGCAGAUGCAAAGAAGGAUACUUCAACCCGGACAUCGUCCCUCCAGACCGAGAUGGCGGCCCUGUGAACACGAGCGAGGACGGACGAGUGUGUUACCCAAACUUGCCCAUCUGUCUGCCGUGCUGGCCGGGGUGCAGGAGCUGUCAGGACGGCGCCCCCUGCUGGGUGCAGGAGGCCUGGCUUCUCAGGGCCGCCGUGCUGGCCGUGCAGGGGGUCUUCAUGCUCCUCAUCUUCGUCAGCAUGCUGGUGGCCUACAGGCAUCGGAGGAACAGGGCGAUCCAUUCAGUCAGCUGGCAUCAUGAAGGGAAGCAGUUCAUGUGCAGUCACUCCGAUGGCAGCCUGACGCUGUGGAACCUCAGAAACACCACCAAGCCAUUCCAGGUCACUUUUCCUCAUGGAAAGAUCCAGAAAGAUGGGAGAAAGGAAUCAUGUAAACCCAUCCUCAAAGUGGAGUAUAAGACCUCCAGAAGCAGCGAGCCCUUUGUCAUCUUCUCUGGGGGUCUCUCAUACGACAAGGCAGGAAGGCGGCCCACAUUGACCAUCAUGCACGGCAAGGCUAUCACAGCGUUGGAGAUGGACUACCCUAUUGUAGAGUUCAUGGUUCUCUGUGAGACUCCUUACAACAACGAGGUCCAGGAGCCAUAUGCAGUGGUGGUGCUUUUGGAGAAAGACUUAAUUGUGGUGGAUUUAACACAGAGCAGCUUCCCUGUCUUUGAGAACCCCUACCCCAUGGACGUCCAUGAGUCUCCAGUUACCAGCACAGCUUAUUUUGCAGAUUGUCCACCAGACAUUAUUCCCAUUCUCUACUCUAUAGGAGCAAAACACAAGAAAACCGGUUACAGCCAAAAGGAAUGGCCGAUCAGCGGAGGAACAUGGACGUUAGGUUCCCACACCUACCCAGAGAUCAUUAUCACAGGACACGCUGAUGGUACAAUAAAGUUUUGGGAUGCAUCAGCAAUCACGCUACAAAUGUUGUACAAGCUGAAGACCUCCAAAGUGUUUGAAAAGCCAAAGCCAGGAGAGGGCCGGGCAGCAGAGCUGGUAGAAGAGGACCCUUUUGCUGUUCAGAUGGUCAGCUGGUGCCCCCAGAGUCGUAUGUUCUGUGUGGUCGGCAUCUCUGCCCACAUCAUCUUGUAUCAUUUCAGCAAACAUGAGGCCAACACUCAGAUAGAGGCACUCGAAGUCCGUUUACAGUGUGAGUCCGAAGAUGUCAUCUCUCCAUCCGAGAACGAGAAUGAUCCAUGCUUCUCAGAGUCUGGCUCCCACUCACCUCAGCCCCAUCACAGACAACCAGCUAGCCCCAGUAGUGGGACACCUGAGGGAAUCAAACACAGCGUCCCUUGCCUCAAGGUGAAGGACCGGAUGGUUCGAGUCCCUCCUGGCUACCAAGCAGAGCUAGUCAUCCAGCUGCAGUGGAUCGAUGGAGAACCUCCACAACAGAUCACCAGCCUGGACAUCAACUCAGCGUAUGGCCUUCUGGCGUUUGGGAACUGUAAUGGCCUAGCGGUGGUGGACUACUUGCAGAAAACUGUCCUGUUGUGUAUGUCUACACUGGAUCUGUACGGAGCCGCCGACCCCUACCAGCGCCUCACCCGCUCCCCGCGCAGGCACAGACAGUCCACCUCAGAGUUUUGCAUGCGUGGCCUGUCUAACUUUUAUUCAGAUUCAAAGAAAAGGAUCCGUACAUCCUAUCAGAGCCUUACUGAACUGUCUGACAACCAGCAGUCCAUUGACAUGGAGAGAAGCAAGUCGCCCACCUCAGUUCAUUACCCUACCUCCCUUCACAAUGACCCUCGCAUCCUGCCAGAGCCUGUGGCCAGUCUGAGAGCCAGCCACUGCAGUCCAGUCUUUUACUUACUGGACAAUGUAAAGGGACCUGGCAGAAAGUUAAGUCUGCCAACAGAUCUUAAGACUGAUCUUGAUCAUGUCAAUGGACAUUGCACUAGCCCCACAUCCCAGCCCUGCUCGGCGGGGAAGCCUCGCGUCCCAAUGGGUCCUGAGGGGCCACGGCUUACCCGCAGAGGCCCCGGCCGACCACCCUUCCGCAAGGCCCAGUCCGCUGCUUGCAUGGAGAUCUCUUUGCCUGUGUCCCACACUGAAGGUUAUGCAUCCAGGAGGGCAAUGCUUCAGCAGUUACAUGGAGUCACUAUGUACUCCCAUGAUGAGCACCACACCAGCGCCCCCUACUGCUGGAGUGACAGAGCUACUGAGAGCCGUGAAAACUCCUUCAGCCGUUCCCGCAGUUCCAGUGUGUCCAGCAUUGACCGGGACACCAAAGAAGCGAUCACCACGCUGCAGUUUGGAGAGUCCUACGGCCGCAAGAGUGACGCCCUCACUACCCCAUGUCUGUGGGUGGGCACAAGUCUGGGCGUUGUCCUGCUCAUCCCAAUGUCCAUUCCCACUGACCAGGAGGAGAGGAUGGAGGAAUCUGUGACCUUUGGCCCCAGCGGAGCAGUCCUGAUGCUGAAGGGCUCAGUCUUAAACUUUGGCUUCUUAGACUGCACGGGCGCCCUCAUUCAGAGACCGUAUGAGGUCUGGCGGGACAUCAAUGCUGCUGAGGACCCCGACCGACCGAGAAAACGCAAGCUGGUCCACUUCUCCCCGUCAUCCUCCCAGGAAACCUACGCAGACGGACACCUGGCUGUAGUCUGCUCUGAGAGACAGGCCAAAGUAUUCCUGAUGCCCUCACAGUCUUGCCUGUUUGUUCACAACAUCACAGAGUCGUCCUUUGUACUGCGAGCUGACGUGGUAUCGGUGUGUAACAGCGUGUGCCUGGCCUGCUUUUGUGCUAAUGGACAUGUGAUGAUACUCAGUUUGCCGAGUCUGAGACCGCUGAUGGAUGUCAAUUACUUACCGCUGACAGACAUGCGCAUCGCUCGAACCUUCUGCUUCACAAACGGGGGCCAGGCGCUCUAUCUCAGCUCCCCUACAGAGAUCCAGAGAAUAACAUACAGCCAGGAGAUGUGUGACAACCUGCAGGAGAUGCUGGGAGAAUUGUUUACACCAAUAGAAACCCCUGAGGUCCAGAACAGAGGCUUUCUGAAGGGCUUCUUUGGAGGAAAUGCUCAUACCUUCGACAGAGAAGAGCUCUUUGGUGAGGCAGCAGCUGGAAAAGCCUCUCGGAGUUUGGCUCAACACAUCCCUGGGCAGGCGGGGAUGGAAGGCAUGAAAGUGGCAGCCGGUGGAGCGGUGGGAGAGUUGGCUCGGGCGCGCAUCGCUCUGGACGAGAGAGGCCAAAGGCUUGGCGAGCUGGAGGAACGAACCGCACUAAUGAUGACCAGUGCAGAGGCUUUCUCCAAACACGCUCAUGAGCUGAUGCUUAAGUGCAAGGACAAGAAGUGGUACCAGUUCUGAUGGACAGACGGAACGCUGACGCAGCCCUUGAACUGCUGGGAAAUGUAUGCCACGACUUUCACUCUACAAAUGAGAGCACUGAAAAGAGAGACUCCAGAGUGACACAGUCUUCAUGGCUCCUGACUGGCUCUGUGUUGGUACAGUCACCUCCAGGACGUGAUCGCGCUACUUCUUUGUCCCAAUAUGUUGUAAUGAAUAGAGAAAGAGAAUGGUGGUCGGAAUAGGCCUGAUGGGGGAGCUGGAAAUAUCCCAUAAGUUGGUUUGGUGUGUGUGUGUGGGAGGGGUGCGUGUUCAGGUGUGCUGUUUUUUUUUCCCCUCUGGACCUCACUGUGUAGAUAGUCACAUGUUAAGAAAUCAACAAGAAAUGCAUGAAAACAUGGAUGAGUAUUAAAAUAUCCAACUGCCAUAUUAAAAAGCAGCAUGCUACUUUAACAUGGAUACUAAACCGAACCCUUUUAUUUCAUCUGUAAGCUUACAACAGAGACUAUGAAAAAAAUAUAUCUAUUUUUUGAAAUUUUGACAAAAACUAUAUAUAAAAAGGGAAAUGUAUAGCUGCAUUGCUAUUAAGCCAAAACUUGUUCUUUUGCCUUUUAUGUACUUCCGGUUUAAUUGAUUUAUUUUUAUGUCUCAGUAAUCAUUUAUUGCCACAAUAUACAAUAGAUGCACAUAUUUAGCUUUCUCUACAAUCACUGAGAAUAAUUCUACUCUGUUUUUACUAAUGCUACUACUAUGGGCUGCACAAUGCAAACACAAAUAAGUAGUAUGUACACUUUCCUCUGCAUAGUCUAAUCACUCUUACUUCAUUUCCCUUGGCUGCUGCAAUUUUAAAAAGCACUGAAUGAUGAGGAAUCUCUCACUUCCCAACUACAGUUGUAUGAAAACAGAGAGCUGAUUGUUGUGAGAUGUAUGCAAAUGCAGAAAGAGUUAAGCGUGGACACAGUGUGGUAAUCUCUAAUGAAUGCACCUAUGAACUAUUUAUGUGCCAUAAAAAGAUGAGUCAAUGCACUCUAACAAAGAGCUAAUUAAUUUAUCAUCACUUAAUUUCUUUUUCAUCUCAAGAUACGACAAAAUACUGAGUUGGCAAUAGAGGGCAUUAUCAAAGUCAAAGUUCGUCUUCUUGAUUAAAAUAAGAGUGUUUUUUUUCUGUUGUGUCUGGUUAAUCUUUGCGUCUCUAUCUGUAAGUCAGAUUUGGAUGUUAAGCGCUCUAGUGGGUUGUAAGUGUUGAGAUGAGGAAGGAGGAGGGCGACAAAUGUUUAACCAGACUCUUCUCUACCAAAGCAAUCAAAAGUGAGCGACACAAUCCCAUCUCUUUCCACUUCAAUCUAUUUAAGACUUCUAUUUUCUGUGUUUGCACCUUUUGGCCUGAAUGGUCUUCUAUUCAUAAUCACAUGACCACUGUUUGCAUGUCAGAGAAUACACAGAGACGAGGGAAGCACUUGUGUUUAAUUGUCAACAGCUCCCUGAGUUUCAGGGCUAAAACGGUGUUUUCAGUGAUGUUCUGUCAAGAGUCAGUGAGGAAACUUUGUACAUGUGUAAAACAUUUGCAACAAUUUUGACUGAAGGCAAAUGUGUUCUUUUUUGUUCAGUAUUGUUAUUGAUGAUUAUGAUCUCCUCUUGUCGCAGUCCUAUAUUGAUGGUAACGGCCUCUUAGCUGAUGGCUCUUGUUUGUUUAAAACUGAAAAUGUUCCAUGAUACAUGGUGGUGUAUCAUAUUGUGAUUGUGUUGUAUAUGUCAUUGGGUAGCCAUAUGACACCUGCAAACAGUGUUUAAUAAGGAGGAUAUUUUGUACUUGUGCAUUUGUCUGUAUUAUGAUUGGAUCUCCAAAAACUUGACAGAGGAUUACUGCUAUUUCUCCCUCAUUAAUCAGGGGUUCAUGCACAUUAGUGGCAUUAUAUUGGAUUCAUAAUGGCACAAAUACCAAAUAACAUAUGCAUUGCAAUAUGUGCACUCAAAACCUAAAAGAAAUUACAAGCUAAAUGACAGCGGUGAUAGUCAUUCGGUCUACUUCCUGUUUGGCAUACCUAAGACUUUAAUGUCUUCUAAACCAGUCCAAUACCUCCAAACCUUAAGUGGUAACACUGGGACUUCUAGACUUAUACUUGACUUAAUUCAAUGAGGUGUCUUAAACAUUUCCAAAUAAAAGCCUCCCUCCUCUUUACUGUCAAUGAGAUUUGUGUUCAGUGCAGUCAUUUCAGUGGCGGAGAAAAACACAAACAAAAAAGGAAAAAAAAAUAAACCAAAAGAACAUUAAAAAAAUCUGACUUCUACCGACAGGGUGUUUUGUUAGUAAGUUUUUGGUUUGUAUGUUUUUGGUUUUUCUAUUUAAUGUACAGUUCAAUCAUGGGAUAAAGGUGAAUAAAAAAUACAAGAAGGGAUAAUGACAUACCUUGGAUAUUUUCUCUGUAUAUGUUGUACCUCUUUCUCCUGGUACUGUAUCUGGUAUUCUGGCUCUGUCUCAAUCACUGGAACUCUGUUGUUCUUCACACUGUAGUAUCCUAAAAAUGCAUUUUUUUUCUGGUUUUCUCUCUGAUGGCAGCAAAGUUUGUCUUAUAUAAAUGGAUUCUCUUACUUUCUGUUCUUAUAGAUAUACCAGUGUAAUAGAAUUUACUUGACAAAGAACUGAAAAU